CGCUGAACUGAGACUUUCCGUCCGUGUGUUUUCCGCAAAUUUGCCGACAAAUCUCGAGCAACUUGCAAAGAAUGUAAGCAAAACACAGAGUGUAAAAGUCUAAUUCGCUGGUGUGGCUUCCUUGCAAUCCGUCGUCGUGUUUCCUGAGCCUGACAGAGGAGGAAGUCCUCAGAUCCUGCUCGGAAAAGUUCGUCAGUGGGCCGAGCGUGCUGUCGACAGAAAUGCUUUCGACGUUGCCAUCUCCUUGUGAAUUGCGCGUUCUUUUCCUGCCACUCUCGCGUAGUUCUCGUGGGUUCUGUGUGCAAUAGCUCCCCAAAGUGGCGUCCGCGGACUCUCCCAGGUUCACUGAACGCAAUGCGGAGUGGGAUGUGACAAGAGGAUAAGGAGGAAAUCAGUGCUCGGAUAAACUGCGAGUCCCCAAAGAGUGAAGAGUGUGUGUGACGGAAAGGAUUUGGCCAUUGGAAUACGUGUGUGCAUCUAUGAGAAAUGUAUAACAAAAUGAAUGGUUAUGCCCCAUUUAGGUCGAGCUCCGGACGCAUGUGGGGAAUGUCUCACUCGCUGCCCUCGGGCAUGGACACGGAUUUCUCGCUCAUGUACAACACACGACGCGGCGGGAUGAACUUCCCGGCCAGCAGCACCUUUGGCGCCGCCGGACACGCGUCCUCGUCCAGCACCAGCUCGCUGACGGGCGUCGGCGGCACGAAUCUCAUUAUCAAUUACUUACCUCAGGACAUGUCCGAGCGAGAGUUGUACUCACUGUUCUCCACGAUGGGCCCCAUUGAGAGCUGCAAAAUUAUGCGAGACAUGAAGACUGGAUAUAGCUACGGCUUCGGAUUUAUCAAUUACGGCACGGAAGAGGCGGCUUCCAGGGCAAUCAAAUGCCUCAAUGGUUUAACAGUGCGAAACAAGCGAUUGAAGGUUUCAUACGCCAGACCGUCAGGUGAUGAUCUGAAGGAAACAAAUUUAUAUGUCACGAAUCUUCCACGCACCAUAACUGAAGAGAUGCUAGACGUAAUUUUCGGUAAAUACGGAACCAUUGUACAAAAGAACAUACUUAGGGAUAAAAUAACUGGACAACCGCGUGGUGUUGCAUUUGUACGAUUUAAUAAGCGAGAGGAGGCCCAAGAAGCAAUAUCUGCCCUAAACAAUGUGAUUCCACAAGGUGGCAAUCAACCCCUGACGGUGCGAGUGGCUGAGGAGCACGGCAAGGCGAAGGGAGCUCUCUACUUGCCAACGUAUAACUCCGUGAUGCACAGAGGUAGACAAAGAAUGCGAAUGAAUAUGAAUAAUAGAACAUUUCCAUAUUAGUCGUGGCUCCGUUCAUUUCUUUUUCGUUUUAAUUCACACGUCUCAAGACUCUGGAUUAAGUCUUCAUCCCAAAUUUACAAGCUUCUUAUUAGUUAGAUCACGAUGGGAGUUUAAUUUCAUCAAGAGAAAUUCAUUAAUCAGAAAAUUUAAUAAUUUAUACUUUGUUCUUAGUUGUUUGUUUAGUUACAAUUAAACAAAAUAAAAACAUAAAUUUAAUAAAGAGACAUCAUAAAACAUGGUAGAAAUUGUGAAUUUAUGUUGCAAAGUAUCAGUGUUUCUGAUGAUUGGCACAGUUUUCAAAGUUUUUCUCCCUUUUUUUCAUUGUAAUUUCCUUAUUGCGCGAUACAAACAUUGCUUUCUGCUCGAUUGUUAGCCACAGCUCUUUUCUCUUUACAACUGCAUUGGGCGUUGCUAAAAACCAUUUACAAGAGAGAAAAGAGACGAGAGUUUGUUUUUCUCAUGAAUUCAUAUUUUUUCGUAUCUUUAAAGCAUGUGUGCAAAAUUUUACUAGUGGAAGCGAAAAAACUUAUGAUUUUGACCUCAACCAAAAUUUGCUGAUAACCAAGGAUUGUAGUUCUAUGAACAAUGCAAAUUUUCAUAGUAACUGUGCGCGGGGAAAUAUAUGAUGUGAAAAUGAUUUAUGAGGCAGUGUGGGGAAGGCAGUAAAAUCACCAAAAUUUUAUUAUAUAAAUAUGAUGGAAAUAAGCGUGUUUAUAUGACGUUCAUGCACUUAAAAGUUAGUAAUUUUAGAUAUGCUUGCUUUUUCAUUUUAAUACAGGGUCGCGCACAGUCAUUGAUAUUGCAAUGUUUGCAGUGACUGGAAAUUAAAUAGGGACAGACGAAGAUUUUGUACAUAUCGAUAAGCAGUGAAUUUCCACGAUUAUUAUUUUAAAGUUUUAAAAUUUCUCUGCACAAGCACUGCUCAUGUUUCUCUUGAUAUUUUCAUUCCUCUGAGAUUAGUUGUUUCAAAAUUUGAUAUCGAAUUUUAGCUACACGAAGUGGAUGAUAGAUCCAUAACAAGAAUCUUCUUGGCUUUCUGCCAAUCUCACUAAGUUUUAGACGUGUUUAUACCAUAAUUAUAACAAUAUAAUUCAAGCAAUCUAGAACAAAACGUUUGCCACAAAUAUCCCUAACUUUUAGAGAGCUAAAAGACUUUCCUGCCUUCAAAUUGAUUGUGAUUUGGAAAUCGACCGUCUGUACUUAUUUAAUGUCAAGUCACUGCUUGUGUAGAUUUGUAGGAAUUUUUGCAAAGAGGAAGAAUAGCCGAAAAACUUGUAAUAUCUCUGUUUGUGCUCGAUUCGAUUACUUUUCAUGCCCUUGUCCUUAAAACUAUGUCGUUUCGUUCUUUUCAUCAUUAGAGAAAAUGACUAUGUUGUGAAUUUUUAUAUAUAUUUAAGAAUCAUCCAUUUUGAUAUAUGAAAACAUAAUUUAUUGCUACAUAGGACAAAAUACAAGUGAAUGCGAGUGAGUUUAAGUCAAAAAUCCAAUAAUAUCUCUUUCAUGCGACUCCUCUUCACAUGCCGGUGGUCAAAAUAAAUAUUUUUAACGCACUUUGCGCAGGAUUCGAUGGUUUGUACUGUAGGAAAAAGUCGUAUCCCUACCCCUAUUGAGGUGGAUCCACUGAAUAGCUGUAAAUUUACCUUUAUUUUCAUAUAAAAAAAAAACAUGUGUGAAACGAAUUAUUGUUUCGUGGCUCGAGAGUUUUGCUCUCCAAACUGAUGAUAGUGAAUGAUAGGAAGAUGAUAUUUAGGAGCAAAGUGUAUUUUUUCCUUCAUGGGUGUAAAUAAAAGUAACUAGGUUUAAGGGAUGAGAUUAUUUUUAGUUAAAUGUCUCACUGUGUGUAUAAAGUAACAAUAUAUAUUGUGUUUAUUUUGUAAUUAUGGUAUUAUAUACACGAGAAGACGAAGAAAAGAUAGGCGACAGGUGAAUUCAAGGCGAUUUACACUGGAGAAAUCAUAACAAUUUACUGAAAGGUUUACGCAAAAGACAACACUAAUGAAAACAACUUCAAUUUAUAUAAAGAGACGAUACAUUGUAUUGCUAGUAAAAGCAGAAAAUAUUGAAUUCCACGACAUUAGGAGAUGAGAAGAAUCAUAUUAUUACAACACAAUCUAACAACAAAAUAAACGGAAAAGAGAGUCCAAAGUAUGAAGGAACAAAUCAUACACAAAAUAGCUGUAAAAUGAUAUUCAACACAAAGUGACAACCAAGUAAAAUAGCUGAGAAAUACAAUGAAAAAUUCACCAAUAUCCGAUACAUAUUGCAAAAAGAAGCCUAUUAUAGUAACAAGACGGGGCGGAGUUUAUUUAAUCACUAACUCUAGUGUAUAAAGUAACGUCAAUAAAAGGAUUUAAUGGUACAUCGAUCUCAUUGCAGAGUUUAUCAAAGUUAUAAAUAAAUUUUAUUGUAUAUUGACGGGUGAGAAUUUGAUUUCCUCCUGACUUUUCAUCAUAAGGCAUUAAGGCAAAUGUAUUCUUCAUGACAUUCAGUUGAUAAAGAAGUGUCAUGUAAAAAAAAAUCUUCUAAAAUUUACAUCUUUAAAGGAAAGGCCGUAAGAGAAACUUUAGAUUAUCUCCCAGUACCUUAAAUAAAAAUUGAUCCUUUCUCUGAUAAGAUUUAUUGAACAUAUAAAAGAUAAGCAUGUAUUCGAAAAAAAAACGUUGUGUAGUUGCAGAUUAUAUUAUUAUACAUAAAAGAAAACCAGAAAUUGAGACAAGAGUUGAAUUUAUUGUUAAUAGGUUUAGUCUCAUUGAGGAUUUAAGAGAAGAGGAUGAGGAAGAAAAUGAGAAAACUAUAUAUUGCGACGUGAGAAAUCAGAGUAUAUAUAUAUAUACAUAAAAGAAGAAUUAUACCUAAAAUAUAAAGGCUUUGAUAAGUUCCGAAACAACAA